AUGAACACAAAGAUUCAAAUGGAAGAUUGGUCAAAGUAUUCCCAUAGUCCUGCUCAUUUAGCUGUAGUACGAGGUGACAAUACAGCCCUCAAGAACAUUAUCUCAAUCCUCCCUCGCUUAGCAAAAGCAGGCGAUGUUACAACCGAAGCCGAAUCAAUAGCCGCCGAAUCAGAUGCCGAUGCCGUCUCAGCCGUAAUCGACCGCCGCGAUGUUCCAUUCCGCGAAACCCCUCUUCAUUUAGCUGUUCGUCUGAAAGAUCCAGUUUCAGCCGAGAUUUUAAUGGCGGCUGGAGCAGAUUGGAGUCUUCAAAACGAAAAUGGAUGGAGUGCACUUCAAGAAGCUGUAUGUAAUCGAGAAGAAAACAUAGCCAUGAUCAUCGCUAGACAUUACCAGCCUCUCGCAUGGGCUAAAUGGUGUCGUAGGCUUCCUCGUAUCACCUCUUCUGCUUCCCGGAUUCGUGAUUUUUACAUGGAAAUAACUUUCCAUUUUGAAAGCUCUGUGAUUCCGUUUAUAGGCAGAAUCGCUCCUUCUGAUACUUACAGGAUUUGGAAACGUGGGUCGAAUCUUCGAGCUGAUAUGACACUUGCUGGAUUUGAUGGGUUUAGAAUCCAAAGAUCUGAUCAGACUUUCAUGUUUUUAGGAGAUGGGUUUUGUUCUGAAGAUGGUAAAGUCUCGUUGCCUCCUGGUUCUUUAAUCGUGCUUUCUCAUAAAGAAAAAGAAAUCACAAACGCAUUAGAGGGAGCUGGAGCACAGCCUUCUGAAUCUGAAGUUGCUCAUGAAGUUGCAUUAAUGUCUCAAACAAACAUGUAUAGACCUGGAAUCGAUGUUACACAAGCUGAACUUGUUCCUCAUUUGAAUUGGAGGAGACAAGAAAGAACAGAAGUUGUGGGCCCAUGGAAAAGCAAGGUUUUUGAUAUGCUUCAUGUGAUGGUGAGUGUGAAAUCAAGAAGGGUUCCUGGUGCCAUGACAGAUGAAGAGCUUUUUUCCACAAAUGAUAAUGAAAGGGUAACUGGAAAUGAUGAAUAUGAUGAUGUUUUGACACCUGAAGAAAAAAUGCAACUGGAUUCAGCCCUAAAGGGAGGGAAUCCAGAUGGGAUUUGUGAUGAUGAAGAACAUGAAAAUGGUCAUACAGGUUCAUCUGGAAACAUUGAAUCGAAUGGUGUAACAAAAGAUAAAAAAGGUUGGUUUGGUUGGAACAAGAAAGGUUCAAAAACUGGAGGUGGAGGUGAUGAUGAUCAUGAGGACUCAAAGAUUUUAAAGAAGUUUUCUAAGUUAAAUGAUAGUCAACAAAAGUCUUCAUCUGAGGACAAUGGGGAGGGUAAAAAGGGGAAAGAUAAGAGUGGUAAGAAGAAAAAGAAGAAAGGAUCUGUGACAGAGGGUAAGCAUGAGAGUGAGUAUAAAAAAGGGUUGAGGCCUGUUUUAUGGUUGACACCUGAUUUUCCAUUGAAAACGGAUGAGCUUUUGCCUUUACUUGAUAUUUUAGCUAAUAAGGUGAAGGCCAUAAGGAGAUUAAGGGAGCUUUUAACUACUAAACUACCUCAAGGCAUGUUUCCAGUCAAGAUUGCAAUUCCAAUUGUACCAACAAUUAGGGUUCUUGUAACAUUUACAAAAUUCGAGGAGCUACAACCUCCAUCAGAGGAAUUUUCAACCCCUCUAUCAAGUCCAGCUCAUUUCCAAGAUGCUAAUAAAUCCAAAGAAGCAGAAGGAUCAGGUUCAUGGAUCUCAUGGAUGAAAGGGGGAGGUCAAUCAAGUGACAAUGAAGCUAGCAGCAGCUUUAGAGAUGAAACAGAUCCAUUUAAUAUUCCAUCAGAUUACAUGUGGGUGGAUGCUAAUGAGAAGAAACGUAGGAUGAAGGCUAAGAAAGCUAAGAUUAAGAAACAUAAUAAGAAGCAGCAGUCAGCAGCUAGGAAUCUUGAAAAUGGAAAUGGUGGAGAACGCAGAGUAAAUGAAGAACUGGAAUAAGUGUGGUUGAGUUGGAUUUAGCAACAAAGAUAAGAUGAAUCGUGUUCUUUAUUGGGUUUGAUUGAGGAUGAUGGGAUUUUAGGGUUUUAAGUUGUUGAAAUUGAGUAAGAAGAGGUAUAUGAUCUUCUUGUUUGUUGUUCCAUUGUUGUAACUUGUAAUUUUAGUUUUGAAAUUUGAAAUGUGAUGCUG